AUGGCCGUCGUCAUCGAGCUCGAGCGGCUGCAGGGCGUCCUGGAGCUGCAAUGCUCCUGCUGCCUGCAGCUCUUCGCGGAGCCGGUGCGGCUCACGGGCUGCGGCCACAGCUUCUGCCGGGGCUGCAUCCUCCAGUACCGCGCGGGGCGGCUCCGCGCCCCCUGCCCGCUCUGCCGCAGCGGCUUCGAGCUCCAGCACCUGCGGCCCAACCGCGAGCUGGCCGCGCUGCUCAGCCUCAUCCCGCGGGAGCUGAAGGAAAAGUUGGAAACGCAGGAGGAGCCGGAACCCUAUGGAGCUGCUGCCUGCAUCGACCGGAGCUCGGCAGGGCGGAGACCUGCGGAGAAGGAGGAAGAGAUAUGGGAGAGCUCCAAGCAACAAGAAAUAACUGCAGAGACCAUCCACCUGUUGAGGAAAGAUCUCAGUAAAACAAAGGAAUAUACAUCUCAGAUCAAAAGCCAGAUUACUAAAGAUUUCUGUUGCAUGAAGGAAUAUGUUGAAAGACAGGAGAGAAACACACUGGUGUUCAUUGAACAAGAGCAAAAAGCUGCUCAACAGAAAAUUGAAGAGAUUAUUCACCAGCUCACAGACAUCAAAGCCCAACCUAGUGACUUAUCUGAGAGGCAGAGGUAUGAAGGCUCAGCUUUAACAAUUAAUAAAAUUACAAUUGUUGAGAAGCUUAAUGUUGUCAAAAGUGCUGUAGAAGAUCUUAAGAGAAAAUUGGAGACUUUACUCUUGGAGAAUUAUGCUCAGCAACUCCCACCAGUGCAGCCUCCAGACUCCCACCAGGAGCCAAGCGUCAGCGCAUCAUCUCCAGAGUCUGCAGCUGGAAGUCCUGAACCAGCCAUCUCCAGCCAGUUUUCUCAGUGGGCAGAAGAUGUGACUUUGGACCCUAGAAGAGUACACGAGCGCUUGGCACUUACAGCCCAGAAUAGGAGAGUGAUGGUUUCCAGCCACCUGACCACUUACCAACCAUCACCCAGAAGAUUCUGCAUCAGCCAAGUGAUGUGUUCACAGGGCUUCUCUACUGGGUGUCACUACUGGGAAGUAAUUACCAAAGACAGUGAUGGAUGGGCUGUUGGAGUUGCUCAUGAAAUGAUUGGUAAAAGGGACAAAUUGGGAAGAACUGAGCAUUCCUGGUGUGUAGAAUGGCUGGGUCCUAAAAAACAGCUGUCAGCAUGGCAUAAGGAUCAAGAAACGUUAUUACACAAGGACAAACCGCUGAAGGUUGGAGUUUUCCUGGAGCUACAGAAGAAGACUGUGUCAUUUUACUCCAUCGCUGACAAAGAAAUGCUUUUGCACACCUUUGAAAUCAGUACCUCAGAUCCUCUCUACCCUGCAUUCUGGCUGUACACUCUAGAAAGAAAUGGAUCUUUGACUAUAAGUCAGCCAAACAGGAGAUAGAGCCUAUAGAGAAUAGGGACAAUUUUGCCAAUGACUGCAGAGUUUCUAUAAAAGCCUCAGUGUUUAGCACAGGAGUGUACCAAGGAAUGAAUGCAUAACUACCCAGGCUUUCCUGGGAAUCAGUAACUGAUUCUUCUGUCUGCUCUGCUUCUCCUCACACUCUGCUCUGGUCUAGCCAUACUUCAUUAAAGCAAUUCCAGCCUAUGCUAAAAGCCGUAACCACCCCUGUAGGAAUCAGGUGCAUUUCUCAAGCAGCUUUACAUAGUCCCAGGAUAUUUGUGGGAACAAAUGUACUAAGGAAGCUCUAAUGUUGGGGAUAAGCCUUUCUCAUGGACUUCAUUAUUCCUUCUUUGAUAUAAAAAAUACAGAAGAACAGAUUAUGCUGUUACUUUCUGUCAAGUGAGUUUUCUUUAGACAGAUCUGAUUGAUUAAGGAACAUUCAGAGGGCAAGAAUGUUACUGAUCUUAGGUAUGUAAAUCUUUCCCUUUAGGGUCAGCACUAACUAGGAAACAGGCUUUGGAUUUGAGGACCUGACACUUCAGGGAAGUGUCCCAGAGGAACAUGAUCUCAUUGGAACCAUAUUUUAGUCUUGCCCAGGCCAAAGGGUUGUCAAUCCUGGUGGUGGUUGUGACCAUGGGCAUGGUUGUGGAAGCAGAUGUUCAGGUAUGUUUAUACCAGGUAAUAAAUCAUGUGGUCACUUUACUGCCCUUUUGAAGGGUCUGCAAACAGGACUCUGUCAUGGGAAGGAACAUCUGGUCUUGUCAGCAAGCCUGACAAAGAGCAAGAGGUUCUCAGUUGCCUGUGGAGGGUGAAGGGACCAGAGCUGAGGUGCCACAAAACCUAUGGACAGCUUGAUUUCUGAGAGAUCCACUGCUUCGUGCAGGCAAACUGAAAACAGCAUUCCCAAGAAGCAAAAGCUUUUUCAUGAAGACUGUAGCAUUUCAGAAUUGUCAAAAAAAAUAGUUUAUUGUUAAUAAA